ACUUUGUAAAAUGGACACACUAUCAGUGCUGACCGGUCGGCGAUACCUGUCCGGUCUCCCAUUUACCUGUUCAAAUCAUAAUCAUGUACUCCCCUGUGAUACGUACUGUCCUGUGCGUUUUUGUGAUUAACUUCUUGUGCGUCUGUACGCAAAGUUCGAAUUUGGAGGAUUUGGAUUCAGUUACUACCGAUGCUGCAGAUUUGAACGACGCGACAAGAAAAAACACACGAGACACAAAACAAAUCUUGCUACAGGCGAAUUAUGCGUAUCCGCUGUAUAAUUUGGGCCCCCCGGUACCACUGGCUCAGCCCUUGGCGAAUCCGUCCCUUCUAGCUGCCACUGGGGCUUGUUACACGAGCAAGGGCACUCUGGGGACGUGUGUUUCUUUUAAAGAAUGUUAUCCGCAUUUGAAAAUGGGGGUCCAAGCUGGUAUAUUUGAUGGUUGGGGUUUGGGAAUGUACGACACGUGCAGCUAUUUCUUAGCCCAAGGACAACAGACUUUCGGCGUUUGCUGUUCAAGUAUCCCUAAACCUCUGGACACAACAUCAUCAUCACCUGUAGAAAUCGACUCAAAUAACACCUCAAUCCAGCCCAACAACUUUCUAGAAUCAGCUAGGAUUCCAAACUGGCCACCGCCGCUCCCAACCCACCCUCCAGACCAUACCAUACCUCCCCUGCCCACUCAUCCCCCCAGUCCAGGUUUUCCCGUGCCGGCAACCACUACGAUAUCUUCGAAACCAACUAAAGUUACCACCAAACCCAUCGCCUCCAAACCAACAAGCAAAACAACAACGACCACUGCGUCUUACGAAUUGGGAACAGCUGCCUGUGGUGCGAAAAAUGGGUUCCAAGAUCAAGGAAAGAUUGUAGGAGGGCACAAUGCUGACUUGAACGAAUGGCCCUGGAUAGCUGCUCUAUUUGUGAAUGGUCGACAGUUUUGUGGAGGAUCUCUCAUUGACAAAAUCCAUAUACUAUCAGCCGCGCAUUGUGUUGCACAUAUGACAUCAUGGGAUGUGGCCAAGCUGACUGUAAGACUCGGAGACCACAAUAUCAAGACUAACUCAGAAGUUAAUCACAUAGAAAAACGAGUUAAACGAGUUGUGAGACACAGGGGAUUUGAUUCCAGAACGCUGUACAACGAUAUAUCUAUAUUGACUUUGGACAGUCCAGUCCAAUUUUCGAAUGUGAUCAGACCAAUUUGCUUGCCCUCAGCAGGCGGUAGGGAUCUGGCAGGAUCUACAGGAACCGUCAUUGGAUGGGGCAGUAUUAGGGAAAGCGGUCCACAACCAGCCGUAUUACAAGAAGUAAACAUCCCAAUCUGGUCAAAUAGGGAUUGUAAACAAAAGUAUGGUGCUGCCGCCCCUGGAGGGAUUGUUGAGCACAUGGUGUGUGCCGGGCAAGCAAAUAGGGACUCCUGCAGCGGUGACAGUGGAGGUCCGCUGAUGGUCAAUCAUGGUAAAUGGACGCAAAUUGGCAUAGUGUCUUGGGGCAUUGGAUGCGGAAAAGGGCAAUAUCCUGGAGUAUAUACGAGGGUCCAGUCAUUCCUGCCAUGGAUAAUGAAGAAUUUAAAUAAGUGAAGUUUGCGGCGGUUUUGUGACAUAAAAUUUAUUUAUAUUAUUGUAUAGAAUCCGAAAAAAAAAUGAAUAAUGCCAUAAUAAAAUUUACUUUAAAAGAAG